CAUUUUUGUGUCUGCUAAGAAAUACAGCGCGUCCAAUCACAGCGCACGCUGCCGUCCCAUGAGACACGUUGUAAACAGUGUUGCGAACAAGUGGAGAUGUCAACGAACAGUUGUGUGACAUCUAUCCGGCUUGACUCCGUCAAACAAGAGGACAAAGGGCAGAUCCACUUGUUACCUUGUGAAAUAGAGCAUAACGGGCCUGCCGAAGUCUCAAAGUUCUUUACUUCCACUGUGAAGGAGCGCGAACACGAAAUAACCGUGUCAUUCAGAGGCCGAGGACUGAAGGGUCAAAAAUUGAACUGCCCAAAAGGACACACAGGACUGGUGCUGAAAGAGGUUCAGAGGCCUGCAUCUGAUCAAGAGGACAGAAUAGUAAAAGUCUCUUCAGUGUUCCAUAAUUUCACAUACUGGAAUUUGGAGACACCCCCAACAUCUGAUGAUGGAGUUGUGAUGGCAAUGGCAUGGCCUCAGCUAGCAGAGACGAUACAUGGACCAGUGGACGACUGAUCAUUGUUUUAUUAUGGACAUGAUUACCUGCCUCUUCUCAAGUACACUGUUACAGUUACACAAAUGUGAAAACAAAACAACUUACUAAGUUGUGGUAUUGACCACCAUUUUUAUUGAACAGAAAAUGGAUAACUAUUAAAGACUUAUUUUGUUUUCACUUAUGAAGAAGUGGAAAAUUCCGGGGUCUCUUGAUACCAAGCCAAGGUCAGGUAGACCAAGAAAGAUUUCAGCCACAACUGCCAGAAGAACUGUUCGGGAUACAAAGAAAAAUCCACAGGUAACCUCAGGAGAAAUACAGGCUGCUCUGGAAAAAGAUGGUGUGGUUGGUUCAAGGAGCACAAUACUUGUUAACCCCUCUCCAAACAUAGUGCUUAUGGUUGUGACCAUAAAGCUCUAUUUUGGUCUUGUCACUCCAAAUUACAGUGUGCCAGAAGCUGUGAGUCAUGUCAAGGUGUUGUCGGGCAUAUUGUAACUGGGCUUUUUUGUGGCAUUGGCUUCUUUCUGGCAACUCAACCAUACAGCUCAUUUUUGUUCAAGUAUCAUCGUAUUGUGCUCCUUGAAACAACCACACUCUUUUUCCAGAGCAGCCUGUAUUUCUCCUGAGGUUACGUGUGGGUUUUUCUUUGUAUCCUUUACAAUACUUCUGGCAGUUGUGGCUUAAAUCUUUCUUGGUCUACCUGACCUUGGCUAGGUAUCGAGAUCCCCGAAUUUUCCACUUCUUCAUAAGUGAUUGAACAGUACUGACUGGCAUUUUCAAGGCUUUGGAUAUCUUUAUAUCCUUUUCCAUCUUCAUAAAUUUCCAUUACCUUGUUA